AAGCGAUUGCGGGGAGACUCCACGCAAUCUAACUCCCACCCGUAUCUUUCCUUCAGUCACCCAGAAUCUUUUCGAAAGCCAAAGCAGAGCCAGCAUGUUGAACAUUGGUGCACGUAUCGUAAACACAUCUCGUAUGCGGACAAUCCAAGCAACGCGGUCGUACGCGACCAAGGGGGCCGCACCCGUAACCCUCAAGAACCACAAGUAUACUGUCCAUGCUACCGCUGCUGGGCAGGGUCGCAAGGGUGAGGUGAAGUCAUUGGACGGCGACACCCCUUUCUCUCUGCACCUAGCAAUGCCCAAGGCAAUGGGCGGAAAGGGCGAAGGAACGAACCCUGAACAACUUUUUGCCAUGGGGUACGCAUCGUGUUUCCUCGGAGCCCUGCAGAUGAUGGCAGGUAAGACGGGAAAGAAGGAUGCCGCAAGAAACGCCGUGAUCCACACGACCGUGCAUCUCGGAGAGGCGGAAGGGCUUGGGGGUUUCGGGUUGGCUGUGGAUAUAAAGGUCGAGGGCGUGGAAGACGAGGAACUGAUCAAGGCUGGCCAUGAGGCUUGUCCCUACAGUCGUGCACUUAUGCAUGGCGCAGUUGUGAAUGUUUCUAAGGCAUAGGUACACUUUCAGGCUCUAGCCUGAGGAACUGUUUCCAUAGUUUUCCCGUGACUUGUUCGCACGUAUUCUGAUCCUUGAGAACGUUACUGUAUGCUGAGAUAUAGUGCAUGCUAGCCAUAACACCUUGGCGGCUCAAUCAUUAAUCAGUCGGCAUGAUA